GUUAACGACUCGGGUAAAAAAGGCGAAAGUUACCAACGGUUAAACUGUGUGUUUGGUGUAGUCGCUGAAAAACAACAUCAAAAUGUUGAAAGAGUUGAUAAGGGAGCGACUAAUGGCGGCAGCUGAUGAAAUAUUCACGCUGUUUGAACGAACGAUAGCAUCGUACGAGGAGGAACUUUCUCGAACAAGAGAGAAGGCCCGACGUCUGCAACAACUGGAAGCUGUUUGCAAGACUCAAAUUGUGCUACAAACCGAAGAUGACCAGAAGCCCCCUCAUGUUAAAGAGGAGGAGGACCUCUGGACCACUCAGGAGGGAGAGUGUCUUCAAGGGCUGGAGGAGGAUGAUCUCACCAAGUUGCCACUGACUGUUGUCUCAGUGAAGACUGAAGAUGAUGAAGAGGAACCACAAGCAGACAACCUCUUCGCUCCACUAGCCGACAGAGACGACGAGCCAUACUCUCUUGAUGAUGAAGAGAGGGACGACCCCCAAGUACCUUCGAGCAGCGAUACAGACUGCGACAGUGAGAGGAGGACUCACACCGACACCAAACACUCUGAAUGCUCUGAAAACAAGUCAGGUAGAGAAUGUUUUACCUGCUCAUUUUGUGAUAAAAGCUUUUCUGAUAAGACUGCGGUGACUCGACACAUGAGAACACACACGGGGGAAAAGCCCUUUGGUUGUUCAGUUUGUGCUAAGAGAUUCUCUCGAAAGUUUCACAUGCUGUCACACAUGCGAACGCACACAGGAGAAAAACCCUUUAGAUGCUCAAUUUGUGGCAAAGGGUUCAAUCAUAAGGGAAAUAUGGAAUCGCACAUGAGAAUACACACAGGCGAGAAACCUUUUAGUUGCUCAGUAUGUGACGAAACGUUCAUAAGAAAGGUCUCUCUGAUUGUACACCAAAGAACACACACGGGAGAAAAACCCUUCAGUUGCUCAGUUUGUGGAAAAAGAUUCUCCCAUAAGUCGUAUAUGGUAAAACACAUGAGGACGCACACUGGAGAGAAACCUUUCAUUUGCUCAAUUUGUGGCAAAGGUUUGGCUGUGAAGGCGUCUUUGAUUAGACACCAAAGAACACACACCGGAGAACAAAACUUUUAGUUUAUGGUGAAAGAUUUCGUUGAAAGGCAGUAAUUCUAACGCACAUGAGAAAAAACAUAACCCUGUUCCCUUGGUGCUAACACGUUCACACGUAACACGUGGCGCCACGCUUUAUUUUUGUUGCAUCAACAUAUGCUUGAUCAAUUCAUUCAUUCAUUAUUUGAAAAGCAUUCAUCUGGACUUGUCUGGCUUUUUAUGUCUUCUUUUUAUUAUAAAAUAAAAAAAUACAUAGAAUAAAACCUAUCCAAAGGAAAUAUUGUUUCAUAAUUCACCUCUUUCUGCUCAUGUGGUGUAUUUCCUAAUAAAGUUGUUUUUUCCUGCUUGCCGCUGAUGCAGUAUGUGUCUGUAUGAAUGUAUGAAGUCUAAUACGUUGAACAGAAGGCAAGGUAAUAGUGUGGCCCAUUGUUUCAUCAGUGUACUCGCAAGACGUCUACUACAAAAUGCUUGUCAUAUCUGACAAUCCACAACAAAUUCAGUAUGAACGUGUAUUCGGCCAAAUGACGGCACAGUGAAAAGGCAAAGCGGCAGUACAGAAAAACUAUUCAGGAAGUAGUAGAACCCAUCAUCCAGAAAGUUAACUCUCUUGCUCGGAGAUGGACGACAGUUUCUUUCUGACCAUAAAUGUAUUAAACAGUAUAUUAAAAGUACUCGUAGGGCUUCACUUUCUAAGAAUGGUGGGGUCUGCUAGACCAGGGGUGUCCAAAGUGCAGCCUGAGGGCCAUUUGCGGCCAUUUUUUUUUGUAGGCCAGCGGCACAUUCUAAAAAUAUGAUUGAACAAGAAAACCAAAAAAAAAAAGCAGCAUGGAGCAUGAUUCACCACGAUUGUCAAAUGAUCAGCAGUAUAUAGAACAGUACAGUACAUAGCUGUAACUUGCUGACUGUGCAUUUCUACGUGCACCGCCAUAAAUCACAAUUUAUGUUUUAUGUCUUAAAAAAACCCACGGCGUGAGUCAUGUGGUCUGCUGUGUCUUUUAUUCUUUUCUUUUCUUUUAUUGAUUUGUUUUGUUAUUGUUUUAAAUGUGUCAUUUCUGUUUGAUUUGCUAUUUUUAAUUAUAUUAAUUUAAGUAUGAUUUAUUGCUUUAAGAAUUUUGUUAAGGAUUUUGGAAGCUGUGUCUGAAAAAUGUGCUACGGGAAUAAA